UUCUCUCACAUACAAUUUGUGAGUUCAUACACAAUUCACAAAGGAAAAAAGAUGAAGCCAAUUGUUGCAACUUUCGUGCUUGUGGCACUUGUACUCUUGAGCUCUUCUCUCAUUCAUACAACUAUGGCGGGUUCAAGUUUUUGCGACUCCAAGUGUGCGGUGAGGUGUUCAAAGGCAGGGCGAAAAAAUAGAUGCCUAAAGUAUUGCGGGAUAUGCUGUAAAUAUUGUCAUUGUGUGCCUUCAGGAACGUAUGGACACAAAGACGAGUGCCCUUGUUAUAGAGACAAAAGGAAUUCUAAAGGCAAACCAAAAUGUCCUUGAAUCUCAUUGUACUUUAUUGAAAAAUAUUUCAUGAGAUAUUUUUCAUAUAAUAGUUUAUCACUUAAUUAGGAUUAACGUUGUUAGAUAUGUUACAAUCUAUAUAUUAAGAUGUUUAAGAUAGAAACCAAAUCAAACUAAAGUUGUCUAUUUGAAAGUAUUGCGAUUACAAGGAUAGAGUUGCAUA